GACGAAAACAUUCAAGAUUUCCUUCACCGCUUGCCAGUCGACGAUCCGAAAUCAGCCGAAGUCGGUCACUGGCUUUGGGUAGGUAGUCCCACUCUAUCUCGUGCUCAUGCAAAGAGACGGAAGGCGGAAGACACGGAUGCUUUUGGGGAGAGUGCUCAUGCUCUCCUUGAAGCUUUCAAAGCGGAGCGUGGAAAAGUGGAAGGAGAUAACCCAGGCAAAGCCGCAGCCACCAUCACCAAGAAAAUGGGCCCGUUCCGUGACGCCUUAGAAAGCGACUUGCUGUUCUUGGCCGUCGAGACUGGAACGACAUCUGGCAAGUGGUUGCUGUUCCCGCAACCUGCACAGCUCAAGAAGGUAUGGGCAAUUGUCGCUGCUGCCACAGCCGAGGGCAAGCUCGGACCCACGUCAAAAGUCGGCACGACGUCUAAAGUCGGUGAAGACAGUACUGUAAUCUGCGUCUACACCUACGACUUCAGUGACUUUGACGAUGUUCGCAGAGUUCUCCGCCAGGUCGUCGAGCUUGGACUCUGUUACGCGGAUGGGAAACCGAUCUUCUAUAAGUGCGACGCUUAUACAUACCUCCAUAUCAAAUCGGACAACAUCUACAAGCUGCGAGCGAGCCUUUACAAUAGCACAGACGUACUGCACAACGACCAGGAGGCGCUUGAUAAUGGACCUGUGGCGCGGAUGCAGAAGAGGAAGAAGCCAAAGAUGAUGGACCUCGCACAUCACCUUGCUGGCUAG